UCCGAGUGUUAGUGGGGAUCAGAAUCCCCGGGGAGGGAACUGCGGCCUUGGAGCCUCCCGGGAGACGAUGGCUCUCAAAGGCUCUGACAGAAGCAACAGGCCUCAGAGCGUCUUUGGCCGUUUGCUGCUCCUUGUUGGCUGCUGAGGGUCCCAGAGAAGAGCAUGCCCAGCUGCCCUCCAUGGGCCCUGUGUCCGUGCCAGUGUGUGACCUUCACUCAUAGAAGCUGCUCUCCCGGGUCCCUAGGUGCGAGGUACCACUACAGCUUGGCGGAGCUGCAGCAAAUACAAACUAUCCGGGAUUUGCAAAGCAACCCCUUGGAUGCGUACAAGAACGACCCGCAUCGGGACCACCUGCUGUGCAUCAGCCCAUCCUGCAGGGUCUACAGGAACAAGGCCAUCCCGUCUCCUCCCGACCGUUCUGCUCCCUCCGGUUCUCCCCCACCGUCCACGUUGCCGACGACCCGUCCAGGCACUGCCGCCCCUGUGGCCCAUCCAGGCAAGCCAGCGUGUGCUCCCUUGCAGUGCACUGUCCCCUCCGCUCGCCCCGGGAGGCCAGCGGUGGCCCCACACAGUGCUGGAGUGGACACGGAGAAGGAGCCCGGUGUCUCACAGGGACGGAGGCAGCAGGGCAGGGGCGGGGAGCCGGUCACGUCCAUGGCCAUGGCUGCAGAGACCUCCCAGACCAUGGCCCCUCCCGUGGGUGCCCUCCACGCUCCACGUCUGCCCUCUCCCUGCCACUCAGAGGCCAGGCCCAUCAACUGCGAGCAGCACCCGGAGCCUCAGACCCUCAGCCAGUCUCCCCAAGCAGUGGACACCCAGCACACUCAGUCUGGCCACCGCCGCCGACUUUUCCUAAACUUCCGUUGAAAGAUCAGGAGGCCCCGGUGCUUAGUCCAAAGGGGACAGGCGCCCAGAGGGCGCCCAGGCUGUCUCGUGAGAGCCCUGAGCUGCUGUGUGCCCUGCUUACGUGGAGAGAACGACUCGUGAAAAGGGGCUGACAGUGAAUGCUUCCAAGGACAAGCCCCCUCACUCCAGGGGAGCCACCCCUCCCCCUUCACCAUCCUCAUGGGGAGCCAGGGUCCCCCCAGACACCGCCCGCUGACACCAGCUCCUCCCCACUCGAGGCAUGAAAGCAGACCCUCAGCCCCACACUUCCCUGACUCUCACCAUUAAAU